AUGGCACCCGCGCCUGUCGACACUCUGCUCCAAAAAACCGACACCAUCCCACACGUUGACAGCAGGCCCAAACUCAAGCGCAAGAAGCCCGAGUACCCUCCCCUGGAGUUCGAGGAUAAUGACGGCGGAGAUCAGCCGGUCACAGGGACCAAGCCGAGAAAACCGCCGAAGCAACCUCUCCGCCGUGUCAAGCGCAGGUUCUGGACUAACUAUUCAUACGAGGAGCCGAAUAACGAGGAUAACGAAGGGGACGACGAGGGCUAUUUGUCAGCCGAAGAAGAUGUAGACGAGAGGUGGCAGACGUUUAUUAGACAGCGAGCCAUGCGCUCGAUCGCCAAGCGCGCUAAAAAUCAUUUGCUCGCACUCACAUAA